UGGUGGAAAGAAAAAUAUAGAACAAAGGAGCAACCCUCUUCUCAGUUUAUCUACUUCAUCAAUCUUGUAUCCAUUUUUACUGUAUGUAUUUCAACAUCAUUACGUUAUAUGUGCUUGUAGUGGUGUGCUUACUCUUACAUUCAUUCUUGAUUCUUCUUCUUAUGGUUACAACCAGUAUCUUUUAACAUUCAACUUACAACUAUCCGAAAGAACAUCAUUAUGUUUACUAUCAAUAUCAAACUUAUCAUUGCAGUUUACAUUCACCUCAAGUUUAGCAGCCGUGCAGUGUCGAUUAGUGUAA